CGUUAAGUCAGCCUCUCUUCUCGCAAUCGAUUUACAGAGUCUAUUAAAGAUGAAGAGUCGCAAUAUCACUCCGCUACUUCCUCACAUCGUUAUCAAACGCCACGGCUAGUCUCUUAGAGCAGCCAUGAAAUUUUUGCUUCUGUUUACCUACUGCACCGCUGCAAUUGCUAGUCUCGUCGCUACGGCUUCGAAUGACAAUGCAGUGCAAGUGCGCGAUCCCACCGCCGAUUCAGCCACCGAUGGGGGUAGUUUGGCUCGAUUACUGAGCCGUGACUCUUCCGAUGCUUAUCAAGAGGCAGCGAGGGUCGCCGGAGGCUCGCUCAGUUCCAACACCUACUAUUACUUCAUGAACUGCGCCAUCGCACCCGACUGGUACCAGCCAACGACUUCUCUUGGGCAGUGGGCAAUGUCAGAACACGGAUGCAACCAUGUCGGACUCGUCGUUGGCAAGACGGCCAGAAUUUUAAAGAAGUUCAAAGCUACCUACAUCCAUAUUAGGCUUUUAUCAGAUGGAUUUUGCCAGGCGAGCCACGAUUAUACUCCUUACGAGAACCAGAAGCUGGUCUAUGGCGGUCGCACCUCCUCAUCCAAGGCAAACGUUGACAGGCUUGUCGCGAAAGGCGAUGAAUGGCUUGAAGGGUCUGGCACAGUGCUCACGGAACAGUAUAACUGCGUAGCACACUACAGAUAUCUCGAAAGUUUACUUUGAGUUACAAUAACUCGACUCUAUGUGCGGAUGAUGGUAUAGCUAUUAGUGCUCAUUGACUCGUGGGGUCAGUAAACAACAUAGUUUGCCACUAAGAAUCUAUAUAGUAACAUUGGACUACUUCACUGUAUCAAAGUAAGAAUAUAAUAUGGAAUGAGGUC